AUGUAAGAUGCGAGAUUCCCGAUGCGUUACGAGUCCCUGGUUACGAUGCUGCUUCUAGUGAACAUCCUGCUCAUGAGCACAGCAAAUUCUGCUCAGAGGAACGAUCCGCGCUUUAAGCCGGGGUCCUUUGUCUGCAAGACGAAUGUGAAGGCCAGUCAGAUGGCAUUGAAGGCAGCGAAGGAUGCAAAGGACGCCAAGGAUGCACAGCCAAGUGCCGCGGAGUGUGCGGGCAAUAGAGCCAAGGCCAUGCUGGCGGACAGGGCCUUGCAGGCGGCCAAGGCGGCGGAGGCGGCUCUCAACGGAAAGAAGCAGCUGCUGGAGGAAUUCACCCAGAGUCUGGCCGAAACGAAGCGAGUCAUCGAGGAAAUCCAGCGGGCCAUUGCCGCCAGCUCCAGUUCCGCCAAGGCGGCGAAGUGCAUCCGAGACAAGCUGCGGAUAUCCUUGGCCAGCAUGCAGAAUCUGUUGCAGGAGAUGGGCGGCAGUCUGGACAACAUCCGCCGCGUGGCCCUCAAUGCCCAGAAGGAUGCCGUGGAGAAGCGUAGUCUUCUCGAGGCCGCCAAGCGGCGGGUGGAGGAGCUGCACAACUGCUUGGCCCAGGCCCAUGCGGAUCUGGAGCGGAAUCAGGAGAGCGCCAAGAAGGCCAGCGACGCCGCCGCCGAGGCCCAGCAGCGGGUCGAUGCAGUGCGCAAACUGGUGUCCAAGAUCAAGAUGCUGAGGCGAAAGGACCUGCAAUCGCUGAACAGUUUUCUGGUCAAAAGGAGGAGAAGAAGAAGCCCGGCAAAAACACAGUUGAGUUGAUUGUUAUGUUUUGGCAAUAAACAUGUU